AUGUCUUCGCACGCGCCCGCGGAUGUCGUCUUUGUGACCAAGCGCGCCUGCCGCGGCUGCCAAAAGGCGAAGGCCGCGUGCAGCCCGCACCAGCGGCCGUGCGCGCGGUGCGUCAAGCUAAACAUUGUGUGUGAGAGCGACCUGCCUCCCGUCAAGACGGCGUGCACCGAGUGCCGGCGCGCAAAGGUCAAGUGCCUCUUCGGCGGCGCCGUGCAGGACUCCUCCUCCUCCUCCUCAGGCGCCAGGGAGUCGUCCGCACCGCACCCCACCCGACAAUUCUUCCGUCACGACCCGCCACUGCAACCGUUUAGCCGCGGUGCCGCGAGGGGCUGCCUGCCCGUUCCCCCACCACAUCGUGAGGUGUGA